AAAACAUCGUUGUCGUUUCAGUUUUCGUCUGCAAAUUUUCGCGGAAAAUUUUCGAAAAUUUUUGAAAGAAAUGUAUUAGAAAAUAAUUGUUUCUAAUUGUGAAUUUCGUGCAAUCAGUGUAUAAUUGUUUUUUUAUAAUUUUAAACAUUGAUUUCAAUUUUGUUUUGUGUUAAGACAAUCUAUCGUUGACUGGCAUAGUGUCAACGAUUGACUGAUGCUUGUAUAUUUAGAACAUUGAUAAAUUGGAAACACUGCAUAUAAGACAGAUUCGAAUAGAAAAGUGGAAAUCAACCAAUACUUGCUCGUGAGAUAUUUACCUGAUUAACUUCCUGACUGACUGAUCAUCAUUGUAGGUCGUACGUACAAUCACGAGAAAACUAAGUCCAAAACACGCGUAGAAACACUUCUCGACCCCUUGAUCCCAUCGUCCGGUCAUUCUGGGGACACUUCGCCACUUGCUGAUUCGCUUAUGAACCACUUCAACUUCCUCAGUCCGUAAUUGGCCGUCUGCGAGGACACCAGGAAAAAAAGAGGAAGUCAUGGUGCUCUACCCUCGAUCGUAUGUCUGACUAUAUUUUCUCAUAUCCAUCAACGAACUUGGAACCAAAAAGAAAGGUCCUCUUUCUACAAGAAUCAGAAGCUUGGAUCAAGAUAAAACUGUAGAAAAAAGAAUAAUAGAGAGGAUCAAGAAAAAUUGAGACAAGCCUCGCCAAGGUCCUCAGGCUCUUCUCAAGAAAGCUGGUAUGCUUCGGAGUCUUCUGGAUGCUUUCACCGGUAACACCGUCCGAAAAGACAAGUCUCGUCAGGUGUCGACAGAUAGCGCGUCCGAGGACGAGGAAGGAGGAAACGAGAUCAAGGAUUAUCAAAAUCAAUCACAGGACAAGAUGACGGACGCUGCAGUGAGCUUCGUCCUCGGGGACCCAGAUCCCAUGGAGGAACUCGAAAGAGAGGACAGUUUUGCAGACUCUAAUGGCAUUGAAAGGCUUCAGCAACAACCAAUCCUUCCGGGAUUGGUCGAACGUCGAAAGCGUCUCAGGCCCAGCAUGUCGCAGGGCACAGUGAUGAUUCAAGCGCAGAGUCGUCAGCUGGAAAAAGAUUUCACAGUAGCCACUCCGGAGGAAUUCGUUCGUCGUUUUGAUGGUACAAAUGUCAUUAACAAGGUACUCAUCGCCAACAAUGGAAUUGCAGCAGUCAAAUGCAUGCGAUCGAUUCGUCGAUGGUCAUACGAAAUGUUCAAAAACGAGAGAGCUGUCCGUUUUGUAGUUAUGGUCACUCCGGAAGACUUAAAGGCAAAUGCGGAGUACAUUAAAAUGGCAGAUCAGUAUGUUCCAGUCCCAGGGGGAUCCAAUAAUAACAAUUACGCUAAUGUAGAGCUCAUAGUCGAUAUUGCUAAUCGUACUCAAGUGCAAGCAGUCUGGGCAGGGUGGGGUCAUGCAUCCGAGAAUCCAAAACUACCAGAAUUGCUCCACAAACACAAUAUUUGCUUUAUCGGGCCCUCGGAACGUGCCAUGUGGGCUCUUGGGGAUAAAAUCGCCUCUAGUAUUGUCGCCCAGACCGCAGAAGUUCCGACAAUGCCUUGGUCAGGAUCAGACUUAAAAGCCCACUACAGUGGAAAGAAAAUCAAAAUAUCGUCCGAGCUCUUCAAGAAAGGUUGCGUUUCUUCUAUCGAGGAGGCUUUAGCCGCUGCAAAUAAAAUCGGCUUUCCAGUGAUGGUGAAAGCUAGCGAAGGAGGCGGUGGAAAAGGAAUUCGAAAGGUGGAAAAUGCAGAGGAAUUGCCAGCCCUAUUUCGGCAAGUACAGACUGAAAUCCCAGGAUCUCCCAUAUUUAUAAUGAAGCUGGCAAAGUGCGCUCGGCAUAUAGAAGUGCAACUACUCGCCGAUAAUUACGGAAACGCGAUCUCCUUGUUUGGUCGCGAUUGUUCGAUUCAGAGAAGACACCAGAAAAUUAUUGAAGAAGCGCCUGCUGUCAUCGCGAAACCAGAAGUCUUCGAAGAAAUGGAAAAGGCGGCUGUGAGACUUGCAAAGAUGGUGGGAUAUGUUAGUGCUGGCACGGUUGAAUAUCUCUACGAUCCAUCUGGCCGAUAUUACUUUUUGGAAUUGAAUCCUCGUCUACAAGUGGAACAUCCUUGUACAGAAAUGGUUUCCGAUGUCAAUUUGCCUGCGGCUCAGCUGCAAAUCGCGAUGGGUCUUCCCUUGCAUCACAUAAAAGACAUUCGGCUUAUGUAUGGAGAAAGUCCCUGGGGUGAUAGCAUUAUAGAUUUUGAUCAACCGAGACACAAACCGCAACCUUGGGGACACGUCAUUGCUGCGAGAAUUACCAGCGAAAACCCAGAUGAAGGUUUCAAACCAAGUUCCGGAACAGUUCAAGAAUUGAAUUUCCGGUCUUCGAAGAACGUAUGGGGAUAUUUUUCGGUGGGAGCAUCGGGUGGUCUCCAUGAGUUUGCAGAUUCACAAUUUGGUCACUGUUUCUCAUGGGGAGAAGAUCGACAGCAAGCUAGAGAAAACCUAGUUGUGGCUUUGAAGGAAUUGAGUAUCAGGGGCGACUUUAGGACGACUGUCGAAUAUUUGAUUACUCUUCUGGAAACGGACUCGUUUCAAUCGAAUUGUAUAGACACUGCUUGGCUUGAUUUACUGAUUUCUGAGCGAGUGAGAAGCGACAAACCCGAUGUUUUACUCGCUGUCACGUGCGGUGCUCUUCAUAUUGCUGAUCGAACUAUCACUGCUGCUUUCUCUGGGUUUCAAACUGCGCUAGAAAAAGGACAGAUUCAAGCGAGCAAUGAUUUGAACAACGUUGUUGAUGUGGAGUUGAUCAACGAUGGCUUGAAGUAUAAAGUCCAGACAACGAAAUCUGGUCCAAACACUUAUUUCCUCGUGAUGAACAACUCGUACAAAGAAGUGGAUGUCCAUCGGUUAUCAGACGGUGGUUUGCUUCUGUCCCUGGAUGGUGGCAGUUUCACGACUUACAUGCGGGAAGAAGUUGACCGCUAUCGAAUAGUGAUAGGCAAUCAGACCUGCAUCUUCGACAAAGACAACGACCCUUCUCUCCUGCGUUCGCCAUCAGCCGGAAAGCUCAUCAGCUUCCUCAUAGAAGACGGCGGACACGUCGAAGGCGGUCAAGCCUACGCAGAAAUCGAGGUCAUGAAAAUGGUCAUGACUGUAACUGCCGGCGAAGCUGGAAGUGUUUUUUACGUGAAACGUCCUGGAGCAGUCCUGGAAGCCGGAACUCUUAUCGCUCACUUAGAACUCGACGACCCAACCCUUGUAACGAAAGCUCAAGACUACACCGGACAGUUUCCAACCCCAGUGAUUCCCGCCGUUCCUGAAAAACUCAACCAUCUCCACUCGAAAUACCGCGCGGCCUUGGAAAACACUCUCGCCGGCUACUGCCUUCCGGAUCCAUAUCAUCUUCCACGACUUCGAGAACUGAUUGAGAAGUUCAUGAAUUCCUUGAGAGAUCCAAGUCUCCCAUUACUCGAGCUUCAGGAAGUGAUCGCCACGAUUUCAGGAAGGAUUCCCAUCUCCGUGGAGAAAAAGAUCAGGAAGUUGAUGACUCUGUACGAAAGAAACAUCACCUCGGUUCUCGCUCAGUUUCCGAGUCAACAGAUCGCGGCUGUGAUUGAUGGUCAUGCAGCCACGCUGUCGAAACGUUCGGAACGCGAUGGCUUCUUCCUGACAACCCAGGCGAUAGUCCAGCUGGUCCAGAGGUAUCGGAACGGCAUCAGAGGUCGCAUGAAAACUGCAGUUCACGAACUCUUGAGGCAGUAUUACACUGUCGAGAGUCAAUUCCAGCAGGGACACUAUGACAAGUGUGUUUCUGCCUUGAUUGGACAGUUUAAGGACGACAUGACUAUGGUUACUUCGACCAUCUUCAGCCACAGCCAGGUCACAAAGAAAAACAUUCUCGUCACGAUGCUUAUUGAUCAUCUUUGGGCAAACGAGCCCGGCUUAACAGACGAGCUAGCCAAUACUCUGACCGAAUUAACGAGUCUGAAUCGCACCGAACACAGUCGAGUUGCUCUGAGAGCAAGACAGGUCUUGAUAGCAGCCCAUCAACCCGCUUACGAGCUCCGGCACAACCAGAUGGAGUCAAUUUUCCUCUCCGCGGUUGAUAUGUACGGCCACGACUUCCAUCCCGAGAAUCUGCAAAAGCUCAUUCUCUCGGAAACCUGUAUUUUCGAUAUUUUACAUGACUUCUUCUACCAUACGAAUCGAGCUGUCUGCAACGCUGCUCUGGAGGUUUAUGUCCGCAGAGCUUAUAUCAGCUACGAGUUGACUUGUCUCCAGCAUCUGGAACUUUCCGGGGAGAUUCCUCUGGUGCAUUUCCAGUUUUUGCUGCCGAACAAUCACCCAAAUCGUCAGAAUCAGUCAUUAGUGAAUCACAGGACUGGUGCGAUGGCAGCGUUUCAAGAUCUAGAUCAAUUCAGUCAGUACGCUGACGAGGUCUUGGAUCUCUUGGAGGAUUUGUCCUCACCGAAUUCGGUGUCUGCGAGGGUCCUGGAAGCUGUGGAUGCGGCUGGUGGAAGUGAAUCGAGACACAGCACGUCCAUAAACGUGUCCUUGAGCACGGCAGUGGAGGGAGCGGUUCCGAAUGAAACUGGUGAAAGACCAACGGAGCCAGUUCAUAUUUUGAGCAUUGCUGUAGUCGAUAAAGGCAAUCAGGACGAUGCCACGAUGGCGAGAGUCUUUGGAGAUUGGUGUGCUUCGAGUAAGGACGAACUUGUUUCGAGAGGAGUUAGGAGAGUGACCUUUUUGGCUUUGAAGAAAAGACAGUUUCCCAAGUUCUUCACCUUCCGCCAGAGGGAUGGAUUCAUCGAGGACCGAAUUUAUAGACAUCUGGAACCUGGUUGUGCUUUUCAUAUUGAACUGAAUAGAAUGAGGACUUAUGAUCUCGAAGCUUUACCGACUUCUAACCAGAAAAUGCAUUUGUAUCUCGGUCAAGCGAAGGUCGCGAAAGGACAGCAGGUUACGGACUACCGAUUUUUCAUUCGGUCAAUUAUCAGACACUCGGAUUUGAUAACGAAGGAGGCGAGUUUUGAUUAUCUGCAUAAUGAAGGAGAGCGAGUUUUGCUCGAAGCCAUGGACGAGUUGGAAGUUGCGUUUUCGCAUCCACUCGCUAAGAGGACGGAUUGCAAUCAUAUAUUUUUGAAUUUUGUUCCAACGGUGAUCAUGGAUCCGUCAAGAAUAGAAGAAAGUGUUACGAGUAUGGUUCUGCGGUAUGGUCCGAGAUUGUGGAAAUUGAGAGUGAGGCAGGCUGAAAUUAAAAUGACAAUCCGGCCAGCUCCUGGGAAACCCACUUCAAAUGUCAGACUUUGCAUCUCUAAUGAUAGUGGAUAUAGUAUUGAUUUGCAUCUUUAUACGGAAGCCAUUGAUCUGAAGACUGGUAUUAUCCGAUUUGAGUCGUAUGCUGCGUCGACGAAUCAUUCAAACUCCAGGCCUGGACCUAUGCACGGAUUGCCGAUUUCCACACCAUAUUUGACGAAAGAUUAUCUUCAGGCGAAAAGGUUUCAAGCUCAGAGUGCUGGUACCACUUAUGUUUAUGAUCUGCCGGAUAUGUUCAGACAGCAAGUUGAGAGGUCUUGGAAAGAAUUCAUGGAAGAGAGGCCAAAUGAAAACUUGACAAUGCCAAAUCCUCUCGUAGACAUUGUGGAGCUGGUUUUGGAUGGAGACAAUCUUGUCGAACUGAAGCGUUUACCCGGAGAAAACGACGUCGGUAUGGUUGCUUGGAAAUUAACACUUUAUACUCCAGAAUGUCCAACUGGCAGGGAUAUUAUUUUAAUCGCCAACGAUCUUACAAAUCUCAUCGGCUCUUUCGGAAUGACUGAAGAUCUGCUAUUCUGCAGAGCAUCCGAAAGAUCCAGGCAACUUGGAAUUCCUCGAAUCUAUUUCUCAGCCAACUCUGGUGCGCGAAUUGGCCUUGCUGAGGAAGUAAAAGCUCUCUUCAAAAUUUCGUGGGAAGACGAAAAGGAACCUGAAAAAGGCUUCAAAUACAUCUACUUAACUCCGGAUGAUUAUGCAAGACUAGCUCCUCUUAAUUCCGUCAAAGCUUCUUUGAUUGAAGACGGUGGCGAGUCUCGCUACAAAAUCACGGACAUAAUUGGAAAGGACGAUGGCCUCGGCGUCGAGAAUCUCAAAUACGCUGGAAUGAUCGCUGGUGAAACUUCCAGAGCUUAUGAAGAAGUGGUGACGAUUUCCAUCGUAUCCUGUCGAGCAAUCGGAAUUGGUUCCUAUCUAGUUCGACUUGGCCAAAGGGUGAUCCAGAUCGAGAAUUCCCACAUUAUUUUAACUGGUUACAAAGCUCUGAAUACAGUCUUGGGUCGCGAAGUUUACGCUAGUAACAACCAGUUAGGCGGUAUUCAAAUCAUGCACAAUAAUGGCAUUUCGCACACGACCGAACCCAGAGAUUUAGACGGAGUGGCGACAGUUCUGAGGUGGUUGAGUUACAUGCCAAAGGCUAAAGGCGCUCCACUUCCUAUUUUACCGAUAAUUGAUCCAAUUGAUAGGGAAAUUGGUUUUGUUCCAACAAAAGCACCUUAUGAUCCAAGGUGGAUGUUGGAAGGCAAGCAAAUCACGGAUCAGAACCACUGGGAAAGUGGAUUCUUUGACAGAGGAUCAUGGGAGGAAAUUAUGAGACCCUGGGCACAAACUGUAGUUACGGGGAGAGCGAGACUUGGAGGAAUUCCCUGUGGAAUCAUUGCAGUGGAAACAAGGACAGUUGAAUUGCAUCUUCCCGCUGAUCCUGCCAAUCUGGACUCCGAGGCGAAGACUGUUUCCCAAGCUGGACAAGUUUGGUUUCCAGAUAGUGCUUUUAAAACUGCACAGGUGAUCAAAGAUUUUAACAAGGAGGAAUUGCCUCUUUUUAUCUUUGCAAACUGGAGAGGAUUCUCUGGAGGAAUGAAAGAUAUGUACGAACAAAUUAUCAAGUUUGGCGCUUUCAUUGUCGAUGGCCUGCGACAGUACACGAGACCAGUUAUAGUUUACAUUCCACCUAAUGGAGAGUUGAGAGGUGGUGCUUGGGCAGUUGUUGAUCCUACGAUAAAUCCGAGACAUAUGGAAAUGUUUGCGGAUAAUACAAGCAGAGGAGGUAUCUUGGAACCAGAGGGAAUCGUGGAAAUCAAGUACAGGAAUAAGGAUCUCAUCAAAACUAUGCAUAGAAACGACCCAGUUAUUCAGAAUCUCAAGGAGAGGUUGGCCGCUUGUACUUCAGUAGAAGACCGGUCUGCCGUUGAAUUGGAAAUACAUGAAAGAGAACAGCACCUGGAGUCAAUGUAUCACCAGGUCGCCGUUCAAUUCGCCGAUCUUCACGACACGCCAGAGCGGAUGCUGGAAAAGAACACCAUUCAAGAAAUAGUUCCUUGGAAGAGCGCUCGACGAGUUCUCUACUGGAGGCUGAGACGUCGAUUACUGGAAGACAGAAUCCGGUCUGAAAUUCUCUCGACACAACCUGGCCUAGAUGUGAGACAAGUCGACGCGAUGUUGAGGCGCUGGUUUGUCGAAGACAAGGGUGCAACGGAGUCGUAUCUCUGGGAUCAGGACGACAUGGCCGUCGCUUGGUUGGAAGUCCAAUGCAAAAAUGAAAAUAGCGUUGUCACGAGAAAUAUUACUUGUGUCAGAAAAGACGCGAUAGUUACACGAGUCAAGGAAGCUCUCGAGGCUUGCCCCGAAGUCAGACUCGAUGCGGUUUUGGAAAUCGCUCACAGAUUGCAACCGUCGGAACGUGCCGAGUUGCUAAGAACUUUAGCCCAGUUGGAAACCACGGGUCAGGAACAUCAUAACGAUUCGAGUGGAUCGUCAUAAUUUAGUCCGUGUGAAAAACAAAAAAAAAACUAAUUUUAAUUUUAACUUUAAUUUUUAAAACAAAUCAACACUGUCAUCUGCGUACCUGGUGUAUGUAGCUCUGUUAGAACCAAUUUUCUGUACAGGCCUUUGUGUGAAAAGACGUCCUAUUGUUGAAGACAACUCAGCGAGUGGUUAAUUGAUGCGACUUGCGGUUGUUUCUUCUUUAUUGUUACUGUUGUUCAGAGGCAAUUUCUGCGAGCAACUCGCUGUCAUGGACGUUGUUUCAAAAAUUGAGCUAUUUUGUCGUCCAAUAUCCGCUCUUUUGCGUGCUACUUUGUGAAAUGUAGCGAGUGUAAUUGGGAAUUUGAAGAGAUUAUAUAUAUAUAUUUUUUUAGAGAAGCCCUAAAUUCUUUGUUCGUAUGGAUAAUGUAUGUAUAUUAUGGAUUAAAUGUUGCCUUCAUAUGU